GUUCUUGUUCCACUUUUUUGUCCCCGUCUGAUCUCAUUUGUCUUCCAUCGUCAGAUUUCAGCUAGGGUUAGGGUUUUGCUGGGGUUUUUGUUCCCCCAAUUUUCUCUUCAUCCGUCGAAGAAGAUGAAGUCUUUUCUUGUCUCUCGACAAGCAGUCAAUCGAUUUUCGACAUUAUCUUCGAGAAGUCCCAACUUCUGCAGAAACUUCUCCGCCAUUACAGCGUCAAUUUCUAACUCUGAUCGCCACUUAAGCAGCCAUGAAGAGCUCAAUCUCUUGAAAUAUCCCAAAUCCCCUAUACCCAUCUCGUCUUUGAAUCGUUAUUUCCACUGUACUCGUGAGACCCGACUCAGUGAGUCCAGUGUUGCUGUCUCAGAUGACCAGGAAGAAGACGGCGACGACGACAAUGGGUCCACUAACGAGUUCCUGUCUCGAUUCGUUUGGAUAAUGCGUCGGAAAGUUUCUGAAGCAUAUCCAGAUUGUGACAAGACAACGGUAGAUGGUAUGCUUUUGCUUAUUGUUCAGAAAGUCGUGGAGGAGAUCGAAAGAGGUGGGAUUGGUCAGGUAUGUUCUUCUGCACCGUCACCUUCGCCGUCGGCGGAUUUUAGCGACGAUCUAUGGAAUACCGUGUGGGAGGUGAGUAAUACUGUGUUGAAGGAUAUGGAGAAGGAGAGAGAGAAAGAGAAGAUGAAGCAAUACAUACAAGAUCCGGAGGUGAUGGAAAUGUGUAGAUUUGCUGGAGAAAUUGGUAUUCGUGGGGAUAUGCUCAGAGAACUUAGGUUCAAAUGGGCAAGAGAGAAAAUGGAAGAUUCUGAUUUUUAUGAGAGCUUGGAACUGCAACGUGAAGAGGCGAGAGCGAGAGAGAGCGUCGAAACAGAGUUUGGAGAAGAAGGGACUAUUUGCCCAGACGAGGAAGAACAACCUCAGGUUUUGUCUCUUCCUAAGCGGAAGGGGAAGUUUAGGUACAAGAUUUACGGGCUUGACUUGUCGGAUCCGAAAUGGGUUGAAGUGGCUGAUAAGAUUCACGAAGCAGAGGAGAUAGAAUGGACAGAGCCGAAACCUGUUACCGGGAAAUGCAAAAUGGUUAUGGAGAAGCUUCUAUCCCUGAAGGAGGAAGAUGACCCUUCAGCAUUGAUGGCUGAAUGGGCAGAGCUCUUGCAGCCACACCGGGUUGACUGGACAGCUUUGCUUGACCGGUUGCGGGAACAGAACACUGGCUUAUACUUAAAGGUGGCAGAACUCGUUCUCGACGAUAAGUCUUUCCAGGCCGGUAUCCGGGACUACUCAAAACUCAUCGAUGCACAUGCCCAGGCGAACCGCAUAGAAGAUGCUGAGAGGAUUUUGAAGAAAAUGAACCAAAAUGGAAUCUUUUCGGACAUUGCAACGGCCACCACUUUGGUUCGUAUGUACAGUAAAUCAGGCAACCUUGACCGUGCAAAAGAGGAAUUUGAUAGCUUGAAAAGCUUAGGGUUCCGACCAGAUAUGAAAAUCUACAAUUCCAUGAUCAUGGCUUACGUAAAUGCUAACAAGCCCGAUUUAGCCGAGUCAUUGUUAAGAGAAAUGGAUGCGAAAGACGUGAAGCCUUCGGAGGAAAUUUACAUGGUUGUGCUCCGAUCUUUCGCUCAACUGGGAAACGCUUCUGCAGCUUCACGGAUAUCCACCUCAAUGCAAAUUGAUGGAAUUCAGCUGAAUUACGAAACUUUUAGUUUAGUUAUCGAAGCCUGGGGAAGGGAAGGUGAUGCAGAUCAGGCAAGGAGCAACUUUGACUACAUGAGAAAGCUCGGGCACAAACCCGAUGACAGGUGCAUCAGCUAUCUGAUCCAAGCAUAUAAGAAAAGGAACUCACUGGACAAGGCAUUGAACCUUUUGUUGCAGCUGGAGAAGGCUGAGCUUGAAAUCGGUGUUUUCACUUACACCGUUCUUGUUGACUGGAUGGCUCGGCUCGGGCUGAACGAUGAGGUUGAGCAGCUUCUGGUUAAGAUUUCUCAGCUAGGAGAAGCUCCUCCUGUUGGGCUCCAGGCAAGUCUGUGCUAUAUGUAUUCGCGGGCAAAGAACGAGAAGAAGACACUUCAAACCCUCGGGGUUUUGGAAGCGAAAAAGGAUCAGCUUGAACAGAACGACUUUGAGACGGUAGUAACGGGGCUGAAAUCAGGCGGGUUUGAAAAAGACGCCAGGAGAAUGUUUGAUCUAAUGAAAGCUCUAGGAUUUGCUCCUUCGGAGAGAUUGAAGAUGGACAUGGCGGCACCCACAGGUUUUGUAUCAAGAGCUGCAAGAAUGAGAUAAAGGUCAGUGGUUAACAAAUCUUGAAAAUUUUCAUCUGGAAAACACAGUUGUUGGGACUACACUUGCCCAGUGGCUUUGGGCAUUUCUUUGGUGUGAUUUGAGUUUUAAACUGUAGUUGUGUUCUGUAAUAAAUUGACCCCUUUUGUGGUAUCCAUCAUUUUGUUCCUUCCUUGUGAAUCAAGGGUUAGUCUUGGAAUCGUUUGGAAGACUGGGCUUCUGUUAAUUUCAUUAUACGGAUUUGAUU